UCUUUGCAGAACCACGUGAUUUUGUAUAAAAGCCGAACACGUGAGCUUGCUCUUUCCGUGUUGGUUUCAUUUUGAAGGUGAAGCGUCCGCUAGCUCGUGCCUCCAGCCUCCACUCCAUUCAGCCAGAAGAUGUCGACCCUGUCUGCUGCCAGCGUGGAGUCCGCUGCUCUGCCUGAGAGCACUGAGAAGAAGCCACUGAAGCCAUGCUGCGCCUGUCCAGAGACAAAGAAAGUCAGGGAUGCCUGCAUCAUUGAGAAGGGAGAAGAGAACUGCACAGCACUGAUCAACGCACACAAAGACUGCAUGCGGGCGCUUGGGUUCAAGAUUUAACUGCUCCGUUCCGUUUGUGUGAGUGUGUUGCUAUGAAAGUGGAACAACCCUGGAUCCUCUCUACUCUCCCCUUUUAUUUAUACCCUGUCUGUAAGGGAAAUGCGGUGAUGCACUGAUCACUCUCUGCUUGGUUGACUGUCUUUCUGUGAUUUUUAAAGUCUGCAGAACAUGAGAAAUGUGUGAAUAUCUAAUGCUGUGUGAAAUUGAAUAAAAGUCCUAUGCAAUAAGA